AAUCGAUGGAACGACCAUUAAAAAAUAAAAUGUCAAAAUAGAAAAUGGCUGUCAAUUUAAAAGUCAAGUAAACAAGGUAAACACAAAGCUUUAUUGAGCAUUUAAUUAAAUUUAAAUCAUGAGCAGCCGCAAUCCUAAUACUUUAAUGAGUGUGCCGGACGAGCAAUUUGACUAUUUGUUCAAAAUAGUACUCAUUGGUGAUUGCGGAACCGGAAAAACAUGCAUUGUGCAACGGCUGAAAUCUGGUAACUUCAUAGAAAGGCACGGAAAUACAAUAGGCGUAGACUUUUCAAUGAAAACAUUGAUAGUGGAUGGGAAGAAAGUCAAGCUUCAGAUAUGGGACACUGCGGGGCAGGAGCGCUUCCGAACUAUCACACAGAGCUACUACCGCUCUGCAAACGGUGUAAUAAUUGUAUAUGACAUCACAAAAAGAUCAACAUUUUUGUCUCUACAAAAAUGGAUUGAAGAAGUGAGAAGGUAUACAUCAUCCAAUGUGAUAGUUUCACUGAUCGGUAACAAGUGUGACUUGACUGAUCAGCGGGAAGUUGAACCGGAUGAGCCUCAGUCAUUUUGCCGUUACGUACCGGAGAUUAUGUUUGUGAUGGAGACCUCUGCAAAGGACAACACUAAUGUUGAAGACACAUUCCGCAGUUUGGCUACAGAAUUAAAGAGACAACACGAUAACAGCGAGGGUCCACCAGCGGACUCCGACGCAGUGGUCCUUGGCGAGAGUCACUCGGUAACGCGGUGUCAACCCUGCCGGUCGUCCUAGGUCUAUAGCAAGCUACGAGUAGUAACCCUAGACCAAAUGUUCAUGGCCCUUGCAUGGUGCGUGAGAUGUGAGGUGACUAUGUAUUAGGAGGUGGUUAUGCGAAAAUGUUCCUUAUUGAGUGUUGCUUUAGUUGUUUAUUGUUCAUCAGAAAUAUUUUGAGAUCGUUAUCUUAAAGUUAAAUGUGCAAGGGAUCAUGUUCAUUCAUGGUAUCUCGUAACUACAAUAUAGAAAGAAGCCAUGUGUCAUUACUUGGCCUACCAUAAAUACUUUUUUCAAAUAAACUCAUAGAUCUGCCUCGCACAGAAAAACUAGAAUGAGCUGUCUUGGCGGUAUUUCCGAACUGAUUCGACCUUCAAACUUUAAGAAAAGAGUAUACAACGCACCUGUGACUCCUCCGGUGUUGCGGGUGUCAAUGGGUGGCGUUGAUCGCUUACCAUCAGGUGACCCGUACGCUUCUUCAUUUGCCCCCUAAAAUAAAGAUCCGUUAUAAGCGCUUCUAUCACCAUGUGUGGGAACAUCUUUGCAUAACUACCUAUUCGUUCAUUUUAUUUUUGCCAUGUAACUCACUACGCUUCUAACUAGAAGUUCUUGUCACAAACAUAGGAUUUUAUGUUUUUUUUUCUUUAUUAUCGUGCUACAUUUACCAGUGAUAUAAAAACUAUCGGUAUAUUAUAAUUUUAUACAAAACCUUUACUGCUGUAGGCUAUAGAUUUCGUCCCCUAAACAUUAUGCUAUACUACAACAGCUAUUACUAAGUAACCUGUAUAAAUCGACACCCGCUAAGUAUAAGUAUGUAUCUGCCAGAUACACGAAAUGGUUUUUAUUGCAUUUUUAGCUUCAACGUACCUGUAUCUAUCCAAUAAAAAAAUAUCAAAAAAAUUGUAACAGCCGAACAUGGUUUUUUUUCAGACGCAUAAGUAUUUAUCUGAAUUAGCUAGGAAAUAAAUACAACGUACAAAUAUGUAAGUUCCAGUUAAAUAGUAGUACGCGGGGGGAUCGAGUCGCGGGUUGCAGGCAUCUGCCGCUCGCUCAGUUCUUCGCGGUAACAGCGAGCGGCACGCGCGAGCGGUGCGUUAUAUUUUAUUAAUAUAGUGAACGCUAUAAAUUCUUAGUAUCUUUAAAGCAAAAUGCAAUUAAAAGGCGACAGAAUCUCACCAUGUCACCACCAAAUGAGAUUUAUUCGUCACCUAGACAAG